UUUUUUCUUCUUUUUGCUGUAUCAGACUCAGCCAACUUGUACUCUCCUAAGACCACCCGCAACGCGGGGUUUAAGUAGAUCCUUAGCAUUAAUUCUUAUGCGGGAUUGAUUAAAAUAUUAAUAUAAAAAAAUCAUAAGUUAAGAAAGAGUCCUUAACUAAGGAGAUUAAGGAUUUGGUCCUUGAUGAGUUGGCAAAGUCCGAUUGGUGAGGGUCAGGGUCGUGUUUUGUAAGGAGAAAAAAAAAAGAAGUCGCGACAAUUACAUAAAAAAAAUUCCUCCGACGAAACAAAAGGUGAUUCGGCGAUCUUCGGUGUUGAAGAUAAAUCAGAGCGUUUUAGUUCAUUAUCUUUGCAUUUGGAGUUGAUGCAUGUUGAUUUCAUCAAUUUUUACGGUUCGAUUGUGGGAUUUUACUAGAAUGAGGGUUUCAAAUCGAAUUGGGGAUUUUAAUCGAAUUAGGAUUUUCGUCUGGGUUUGCUAUUUUCUUAUUUCCGAUUCGAUUCUUUGUUGUUUCGUCGUCUGGGAAUUGAACACAUAAUGAAAGGAAUCAGAAGCAAAGAUGAUCUUACGGCUGCGUAAAGUUUCAUUCUUUUUUCACUCAACUUUUUGAUCCCUGUUUAUAUUUCCUUGUCUGAGAAUCUUCAAGAUUUGUUCUUUGGGUGAUAUUGAUUUGAUGAAAACCUGUUACAGACGUUGUUUCUGAUUGGGUUUUGACAAACUUUGCAGCAUGGUCUCAGCCUCAGGUGGUGGGUUGGCGUACGCUUUUGUGAGCAAAGGCUUGAAAGUAAGGCCUGCACACGCACUCUCCUGGGCUGUUUGCUACGCUGUUGCGUCAGGAACAAUGUAUAAGGUGAAGGAAACAAUCAGAGCAAGAAGUAAACAUUCCACCAGCACCAGGGGCAAGGCUUUUGAUACUUGAUCAUAUCAAGAGGUUUGUUUACAAGCUUCUCUACUAGUACUCUCUCACAUGGAUCAAAUAUAUGAUAAACCGCAAGUAAGGAAAGCAGUAAUUUGACACCAACCCUCCCUUUUAUCUUAUAUGGUGGUUGUAAUAACUUGGAGAUAUAGUUUCGAGAGACGUAACCUUGCUAGUUCAUUCGCUGAAACUUUAUGUUUGCUUUUAAGUAAAACCAACAAUGUAACAGAAACUAUUUUUUACAAUUUUUUUACUUUUAAAAUUUUUUAAAUGUUUUACAAAUUUACUUAUUUUUAAUGUUUUACAAAUUUAUUAAAUGUUUUACAAAUUUAAUUAUAUUUUAUUCCUAAGAAUUCUAUAAUGGAUAACACCAUUGGACUAACAAAUAUGAUUAGAGUCCUUAACUAUUCAAACAAAAAAAAUUAAAAAAAAAAUAUAUUAUUUUAUUGUUAAGGAUUCCAAUGAUGAGUAACACCAUUGGAGUUGCUCUAAACUGUCAGAAAAUACAAAAUUCAAAAAACCCAUUUGAAUCUCCUCUAACAACACAACAAGAUCAAUUUUCAAGCUCUGUUUCAAUGGACACACUGAAGAAGAAUCCAUCUGUCAGAAGAAAAAGCAAGCUAGCAAGAACGUUCCAGAAGGUAUGCAGCCUGAGGACGACGUCGACGAAGGUCUCCUCCAUGUUGAAGCCCCAUAACCCAAACUUCUACGACGAGGAUGACGACGGAGACUCCGUCUUCGAUCUGAAGAGUCCUUCGAGCAGCAGGAGUGGAGAGCGACGGAGAGCGGUUUUAGAGGCGGUGGUUGCGAAGAUCUUCGCCAGCACGACUUCUAUUAAAGCCGCGUACGUAGAGCUUCAGAUGGCGCAGCAUCCGUACGACAACGCCGCGAUACAAGCGGCGGAUACGGCGGUGGUGGAGGAGCUUAGAGCGUUAUCGGAGCUGAAACAGAGUUUUCUAAGGAAGGAGCUGAAUCUUUCUCCGCAAGUUGCGAUUAUGCUCGCUGAGAUUCAGGAGCAACAGAGCUUGAUGAGGACUUACGAUAUCACAAUCAAGAAGCUCGAAUCAGAAGUUACAGAGAAGCAAUCAAGAGUCGAUUCGUUGAAGACGAAGCUAGAAGAACACUCGUCGUUCAACAAAUCGCUGGAGAAGAAGCUCACGGAGGUUGGAUCAGUCUCUCUGUUUACGAAUUUGAAUCUAAGCCACUUCGUUCAGAUUCUAGGGUUUACGUUGAGAUCCGUACGUAGCUUCGUUAAAUCGUUAGUAAAGGAGAUGGAAUCGGCGAGGUGGGAUCUCGACGCCGCCGCUUCCGUCGCAGCCCGAAACGCAUCCACCGUCUUCGCAAGGCCAAGUCACCGCUGCUUCGCGUUCGAGUCCUUCGUCUGCGGGAAAAUGCUGGAGAAUUUCGAAUCUCGCAGCUUCUCGUUACCUAACGUCGACGUGAAACGGAGCCGUGAGGAAUAUUUUAAUCUAAGAUCCGUUGACCCGAUUCAGUACUUGACCCGGAACCCGGGUUCCUCCUUUGCGAGGUUUGUUCUUCAUAAGUACUUGAGCGUUGUAGACGCGAAGAUGGAGUGUUCCUUCUUCGGGAACUUGAACCAGAGGAAGCUGGUUAACUCGGGCGGGUUUCCGGAUUCGGGUUUCUUCGUAACGUUCUGUGAGAUGGCUAAACGGAUCUGGCUUCUGCACUGCUUGGCGUUUUGUCUCAGCGAAAACGUCAAGGUGUUUCAGAUCAAAAGAGGAUGUAGAUUCUCUCAAGUUUGCAUGGAGAGCGUGAAAACUGGUGACGAGUCUCUCGUCUCCGGCGAUAAUGCGGAUAUCCGGGUCGGGUUCACGGUUGUUCCCGGGUUUAAAAUUGGCCAUGACGUGAUUCAGAGCCAGAUUUACUUAUCUCCGGUGGCCGGUUUUCAUCUCCCCCGUUCAUGAAAAGAUGAUAAACACGCUGUCUUUUGACACGCCGGCGAAAUAAAAGAGCGGUGGCGCGUGUAAAAGGAAUGGUGGGACCUGUUUUGGAAGGCGUAAGAGAAUGUGAGCGGUGUUAGAAAAUGGCGGGAGGGAUCUCAUUAAUGAAUUAGUUAGUGACACACUGACAGUCUGACACUGUUACAGAAAAUGAUCAAUGAGAAUUUUGUUGUUGCUAAAAAAAAAAGAAUUUUAUUUUGUUUAAAGUAUAGAUUAUAAAACCCAGCACAGUAGAAUGCCAUGGAAGUGGUAUAGUAUUCAGUAUUCUAUGUCUUGACUCUUGAGUUGGUCGGACCAUGCAUGUAAAUAUCUUUGGCAGGUAAAACUAACUUGUUUAAA